GUAAAAAAAGGUAUGAAAGCUUGUAGUAAGUAAAAUAUAAAUUCCCCAAAAGGAAAGAGCCAAAACCACCAGGCCAGUAAAAUGAGUAGCACCACCAUCACACAUUUUCACUCAUAGAUAACGAUAAGAUUCAUGGAAUUAUCUUCCACGUGGCAUUAUUCCAGCGGUUCAAGCCGAUAAGGGUCUCAACACCUCUCCUUAGGCCUUUGUGGCCGUUACCAAGUGAAUUAACCUCACACAUAUCCACACUCAAAAUCCAACGGUCUAGAUCCUAUUCCACUUGAAUCUCAUGAAUCCUAGACCCUCCGAUCACUCCAAAGCUUAUUCUCAUCGUUAUUACCAUUAUAUAUAGAUGACCAAAGCUCUAGACCAAACCUCAGUCACACAAAGAGUAAAGAAGAACAAUGGCUUCCUCUAUGCUCUCUUCCGCUACUAUGGUUGCCUCUCCGGCUCAGGCCACAAUGGUCGCUCCUUUCACCGGACUUAAGUCCUCCGCUGCCUUCCCAGCCACCCGCAAGGCCAACAACGACAUUACUUCCAUCACAAGCAACGGCGGAAGAGUUAACUGCAUGCAGGUGUGGCCUCCCGUUGGAAAGAAGAAGUUCGAGACUCUCUCUUACCUUCCUGACCUUACCGAUUCCGAAUUGGCUAAGGAAGUUGACUACCUUCUCCGCAACAAGUGGAUUCCUUGUGUUGAAUUCGAGUUGGAGCACGGAUUUGUGUACCGUGAGCACGGUAACAGCCCCGGAUACUACGAUGGACGGUACUGGACAAUGUGGAAGCUUCCCUUGUUCGGUUGCACCGACUCCGCUCAAGUGUUGAAGGAAGUGGAAGAGUGCAAGAAGGAGUACCCUGAAGCCUUCAUUAGGAUCAUCGGAUUCGACAACAGCCGUCAAGUGCAGUGCAUCAGUUUCAUUGCCUACAAGCCACCAAGCUUCACCGGUUAAUUUCCCUUUGCUCUGUGUAAACAUCAAAACAUUAUCCCCCACCUUUGAUUUUAUCCCUUGUUCUUCUGCUUUUUUUCUUCUUCUUUUUUUAUGGGUUUUAAUUUCCGGAUUUAACGUUUGUUUUCCGGUUUGCGAGACAUUUUCUAUCGGAUUCUCAACUGUCUGAUGAAAUAAAUAUGUAAUGUUCUAUAAGUCUUUCAAUUUGAAUUGCAUAUGAACAAAA